AUGUCUCACGGGGGACAGCAGCCGCCGCUCGCCUCUCCAGAGACAGCUUCCCCGGAUCAGCCGUCCGCCGCCGGGUAUGCGCAGCCUCCGCACUCGCAGACAUCCUAUCACCUCUUCCAGCAACCGCCGCCGCCGCCCUCACCGGCGUCCUCACCGGCGCCCCACCACCAGUACGACGACAGCGAGGACCGGUACCGCAGAGCCGGUAGCAGCAGCAGCAGCAGCAGCAGCAGCAGCAGCAGCGAGGAGGCGGUAGCACCCGCCCCGAUGGAUGAGCGAAAGCAGCUCACCUACGUCCAGAGGUGGGCCGUGCGGGCGUCGGACUCGCAGUUCAACGCCCUCGCCGGCGCCGUCGGAGGCUUCACCUCGGGCAUCGUCACCUGCCCGCUCGACGUCAUCAAGACCAAGCUGCAGGCCCAGGGCGGCUUCUCGCCGGUGCAGAAGGGCCGGCACGUCGGCCACGCCAAGCUGUACAAUGGCCUCGCGGGCACCGCCAAGGUGAUCUGGAGGGAGGAGGGCAUCCGGGGCAUGUACAGGGGGCUGGGCCCGAUAAUAUUGGGCUACCUGCCGACCUGGGCCGUGUGGUUUACCGUGUACAACAAGAGCAAGGGGUAUAUCGGGCAGUACAACCACAACACGGUCUUUGUCAACUUCUGGUCAUCCAUCGUCGCCGGUGCCAGCAGCACGAUAGUCACGAACCCAAUAUGGGUCAUCAAGACGAGGCUCAUGUCGCAGACGCCUUCGCACGACCGCUCGCGGUACUCGGCUUUUCCGAAGGGGGCUAACACCCCGACCUCGCGGCCGACGCUGCACGCGCCGUGGCACUACCGGUCGACGCUGGACGCCGCGCGCAAGAUGUACACGACCGAGGGCAUCCUGUCGUUCUACUCGGGCCUGUCGCCGGCGCUGCUGGGGCUCAGCCACGUGGCGGUGCAGUUCCCGGCCUACGAGUACCUCAAGACCAAGUUCACGGGCCAGGGCAUGGGCGUGGCGCCCGCCGACAACGGCGAGCACCCGUCGCAGUGGUUCGGCAUCCUGUCGGCCACGGUGCUCUCCAAGAUCCUGGCCAGCAGCGCGACGUACCCGCACGAGGUGAUCCGGACGCGGCUGCAGACGCAACGGCGCCCGGCGCCCGGGUCCGAGGCCCUGCAGGGGAUGGGCGUCCUGGGCCAGCAGGGCGAGAGGAACGGCGGGGAGGCGGCGGCGAGGAGGCCGCAGACGCCGCGGUACAGGGGGAUCCUGUCGACGGCGCGGACGAUCCUGCGGGAGGAGGGGUGGCGCGCGUUCUACGCUGGCAUGGGCACUAACAUGAUGCGAGCGGUCCCCGCGGCCACGGUCACCAUGAUGACGUACGAGUACGUGAUGCGGACGCUCAAGGGCGCGCAGUACGACGGGCGGAAGCUGCUCGAGGAGCACGAGGAGCGGAUCACGUUCCAGUGA